GCAGGCUCAGUCUUUCGCCUCAGUCUCGAGCUCUAGCUGGCAGCCAAGCGUACGAGCUCUGCGAUCAGCGGCCGCCAUCGACGUUGCUUCGUUUCCUCUGGGCUCAUCUGCGCCACUCGCUCGGCACACACUCCGCAGUCAUAGCAGCUAUCAUGGUAAAGCUUGCAAAGGCCGGUAAAAAUCAAGGUGACCCCAAGAAAAUGGCUCCUCCCCCAAAGGAGGUAGAAGAAGAUAGUGAAGAUGAGGAAAUGUCAGAAGAUGAAGAGGAUGAUAGCAGUGGAGAAGAGGUUGUUAUUCCUCAGAAAAAAGGCAAAAAGGCUACCACAACUCCAGCAAAGAAGAUGAUGGUUUCCCCAACAAAAAAGGUUGCAGUUGCCACACCGGCAAAGAAAGCAGUUGUCACCCCUGGCAAAAAGACAGCCGCUACGCCAGCCAAGAAGACGGUUACACCUGCCAAAGCAGUAGCAACACCUGGCAAAAAGGGAGCCACACCAGGCAAAGCAUUGGUAGCAACCCCUGGUAAGAAGGGAGCAGCCGCUCCAGCCAAGGGAGCAAAGAACGGCAAGAAUGCCAAGAAGGAAGACAGUGAUGAGGAAGAUGAAGACGACAGUGAAGAGGAGGAUGAGGAUGAUGAAGAGGAGGAGGAGGAUGAAUUCGAGCCAGCGGUGAUGAAAGCAACUGCUGCUCCUGCCUCAGAUGAUGAGGAUGACGAGGACGAAGAUGACGAUGAAGACGACGACGAGGAGGAUGAGGAUGACGAGGAUGACUCUGAAGAAGAAGCUACGGAGACUGCACCAGCCAAAGGAAAGAAAGCUCCAGCAAAAGCUGCUCCUGUGAAGGCAAAGAGCACUGCUGAAGAUGAAGAUGAAGAGGAUGACGAUGAGGAUGAGGAGGAUGACGAGGAGGAGGAGGAUGAAGACGAGGAGGAGGAAGAGGAUGACGAGGAGGAGGAGGAAGAGGAUGACGAGGAGGAGGAAGAACUUGUCAAAGAAGCACCUGGAAAACGAAAGAAGGAAAUGACCAAACAAAAAGCAGCUCCUGAAGCCAAGAAACAGAAAGUGGAAGCCACAGAACCAACUACAUCUUUCAAUCUUUUUGUUGGAAACCUGAACUUCAGUAAAUCUGCUCCUGAAUUGAAAACGGGUAUCAGUGACCUUUUUGCUAAAAAUGAUCUUGCAGUUGUUGAUGUCAGAAUUGGUGUGUCUAGGAAGUUUGGCUAUGUGGAUUUUGAAUCUGCUGAAGACCUGGAAAAAGCCUUGGAACUCACUGGUUUAAAAGUCUUUGGCAAUGAAAUUAAACUAGAAAAACCAAAGGGAAAAGACAGUAAGAAAGAUCGAGAUGCGAGAACACUUUUGGCUAAAAAUCUUCCUUAUAAAGUUACUCAGGAAGAAUUAAAAGAAGUGUUUGAAGAUGCUGUGGAGAUCAGAUUAGUCAGCAAGGAUGGAAAGAGUAAAGGGAUUGCUUAUAUUGAAUUUAAGACAGAAGCUGAUGCAGAGAAAACCUUGGAAGAAAAGCAGGGAACAGAGAUAGAUGGGCGAUCCAUUUCCCUGUACUAUACCGGAGAGAAAGGUCAAAGUCAAGACUAUAGAGGUGGAAAGAAUAGCACUUGGAGUGGUGAAUCAAAAACCCUGGUUUUAAGCAACCUCUCCUAUAGUGCAACGGAAGAAACUCUUCAGGAAGUAUUUGAGAAGGCAACGUUUAUCAAAGUGCCCCAGAACCAGAAUGGCAAAUCUAAAGGGUAUGCAUUUAUAGAAUUUGCGUCAUUUGAAGAUGCUAAAGAAGCUUUAAAUUCAUGUAAUAAAAGGGAAAUUGAGGGCAGAGCCAUCAGGCUGGAGUUGCAAGGACCCAGGGGAUCCCCUAAUGCAAGAAGCCAGCCAUCCAAAACUCUGUUUGUCAAAGGUCUGUCUGAGGAUACUACAGAAGAGACAUUAAAGGAGUCGUUUGAUGGCUCUAUUCGUGCAAGGAUAGUCACUGACCGGGAGACUGGAUCCUCCAAGGGGUUUGGUUUUGUAGACUUCAACAGUGAGGAAGAGGCCAAAGCUGCCAAGGAGGCCAUGGAAGAUGGUGAAAUUGAUGGAAACAAAGUUACUUUGGACUGGGCCAAGCCUAAGGGUGAAGGUGGCUUCGGUGGCCGAGGAGGAGGCAGAGGUGGCUUCGGUGGCAGAGGUGGUGGCAGAGGUGGCCGAGGUGGAUUUGGUGGCAGAGGCCGGGGAGGCUUUGGAGGGCGAGGCGGCUUCCGAGGAGGCAGAGGAGGAGGAGGAGACCACAAGCCACAAGGAAAGAAGACGAAAUUUGAAUAGUUUCUUCUAUCCCUGUCUUUCCCUCUUCCAUUUGAAAGAAAGGACUCUGAGGUUUUUACUCUGUUACCUGCUCAAUGACGGAGCCUUCUGAGGACAUUCCAAGACAGUAUACAGCCCUGUGGUCUACUUGGAAAUCCGUAUAGAUAACAUUUCAAAGGAGAUAACCCUGUUGGUGUUGACUGGAUAUUCGUAAAAACUUUUUAAAGAGAUGAGUGAUAGAGCUAACCCUUAUCUGUAAGUUUUGAAUUUAUAUUGUUUCCUCCCAUGUACAAAACCAUUUUUUUCCUACGGAGUUUUUUGGUUUUGGUUUUUUGUUUUUGUUUUUGUUUUUGUUUUGCGUUGGUGGGUUAUAAAGGAAAGCAGAAUGUUUUAUCAUGA